AUGAAAAAAGAAUCAGCUAGUAUACUUGAUAUUGAAAUUCAACAACAAGGAUCGUUUAUUGCUUCCAAAGAUGAUAUAAGGGAACAUAAUAAAAAUAACAAUGUUUUCAAAGAACCUGCUGUAAAAAUUGUUAAGAAAGUCGACAAUAGUAUUAAAAUGGAUAAAGAUCUUAUAAGUAAAAUUUCGGCAACUUUGGCCGAAUUUUAUGGUGGCGGAAAUAAAAAUGAUGAAAUAGAGAAAUCACAAAAGAAAAGGCCUCGUUCGUAUGCAAAAGAAUAUAGCAUCAUCUCAAUUGAAGGUGAUAACCAAUUUCCCGAAAUAAAAAUUAGAGACUUUGCGUUUUCUACAGAUGAUCCUCGACAUUGGGGUCAAAGGAUUCCAUCAUCAUCAGAUGGGGAAGAAGAUGAUGAGUAUACUAAUAGGCAUGCGCGUGCAUUAUAUGAUUUUGUGGCAGAAAAUCAAAAUGAAUUAAGUUUUCAAGAAGGAGAUAUUCUUUUGAUACGAUAUCGUCAAUGUGAGGGUUGGUUAUUUGCCGAAUUAGGUGAAAAAACUGGGCUAAUACCAGACAAUUAUAUUUUGUUAUUAGAUAAUGAUAUAGAAGAAGAUGAAUAUGGUAAUUGGGCCGAAGAAGGAGAUAAUGAAUGA